CCGUGGGCAAACUCAGUUACUGGAUAAAAAGUAAAGAUGAGCCCUGGGUAUGAUCAGUAGCACUGUGACUACCUGGGACUGAGUGCAGGCUGGACACCGGCAAUGGAAGGUGGAGCAGAAACCCCACGGAAGCCCCUUCCUCACCUUUGCAUAGCUGUGGAUGAGAAUGACCCCAGGAGCGAUGUCCUGGUGCUGCUGAAGGAGCUGCGGCCUGAAUGGAAGCCAGAAGAGAUUAAACUGAAGUACUUCACCGAAGGCAUCACCAACCAGCUGAUAGGCUGCUACGUAGACUCUUUGCUGGGAGACGUGGUGCUGGUCCGUAUCUACGGUAACAAGACCGAGCUCUUUGUGGACCGCCAGAGGGAGAUGGAGAAUUUCCGGGUCCUUCAUCAACAUGACUGCGCCCCGGAGCUCUACUGCAGCUUCCAGAACGGCAUCUGCUAUGAGUUUGUGCAGGGAGAGGUGAUGGACGAUAAUCUGCUGAGACAGCCCGUCAUAUACAGGCUGAUCGCGAAGGAGAUGGCGAGGAUCCAUUCGAUCAAACCCAGAAAGGACUGCUCCUCCAGACCCAUCCUGUGGAAGAAGCUCUCAGAGCUCCUGUGCCUGGUUAAGGCCGCUCACAGUGGGUCCCCCGGGUGGCCUGGCUCAGAGGUGCCCCGCUUUGAGGUGCUGGUGAGCGAGAUCGAGGCUCUGAAGCAGCACCUAUCCACUGUGGACUCAUGCACCGUCCUGUGCCACAAUGACCUCCUGAUCAAGAACAUCAUCUACAACAAGGCUGAAGGUUUUGUGCGAUUCAUUGACUUUGAGUAUACUGACUUCAACUAUCAGGCAUAUGACAUCGGCAACCACUUCAAUGAAUUUGCAGGUGUGAAUGAUGUUGAUUAUAGCCUUUACCCCAGCCAAGAGCUGCAGAGGGACUGGCUCACCACAUACCUAGAGAGCUACAAAGAGUACCAGGGCCAGAAGCCCACCGUCUCGGAACUGGAGGUGCAGAAGCUGUACGUUCAAGUCUGCAAAUUCUCUCUGGCUGCACACUUUUCCUGGGGCCUCUGGGCUCUUCUCCAGGCCAGAUACUCUGCCAUUGACUUUGAUUUCCUACGGUAUGCUGCGGCCAGAUUCGAUUACUACUUCCAAAAGAAGGGGGAGUACAUGGCCAUGAAACUGCCUUGAGAUGCAGAGGAAGAACAAAAAUACAAAAAUAUACUAAUGGAAAUAUCAAAGUGUUGGGUUUGAAUCUGUUAACAGCAUUUAUUUUGAAUCAUAUGCUUGAUAAUUCAUUUGUAACUCAGUUUUUUCCAUGUAACAGAACACAUAAAGAAUAUAUACAUACAUAUACAUACCGAUCACCCAUGACAUGAAAACCACUGAAGGGUGAAUGGCACCCUUAGCAAUGCUACGCACGUGAACAAUCAGUUGUUGUAGUUGAUGUGUUGGAAGCAGGAAAACUGGGCAAGUGUAAGGAUCUGAAUGACUUUGACAAGUCAAAUUGUGAUGGUUAAAAGACUGGGUCAGCAGUGGAUAGUACCUACUGAAAGUGGUCCAAGGAAGGAUAACCGAUGAACCAGCGAAGGGGUCAUGGGUGCGUAAGGUUUGCUGAUCCCCGUGGGGAGCAAAGCUAUACCAUCUGCUCCGAUCCCUCAGGAGAGCUACGGUAGCACAAAUUGCUGAAAAAGGUUAAUGCUGACUAUAAUAGAAAGGUGUCAGAACACACAGCACACUGCGGCCUGCUGCAUAUGGGGCUGAGUAGCCACAGAUCAGUUAGAUUGCCCAUGCUGACUCCUGUGCAUCACCAAAAGCACCUGCAAUGGCUAUGUGAGCAUCAGAACUGGACCAUAGAGCAAUGGAAGAAGGUGGCCUGGUCUGAUGAGUCAUUUUUUUCUGUUACAUCAUGUGUGUGGGGAAAAGGACACCAUGAUGCACUAUGGGAAGCAGGCAAGCCAGCAGAAGCAGGGUGAUGCUCUGGGCAAUGUACUGCUUGGAAACUUUGGGUUCUGGCGUUCAUGUGGAUGUUAGUUUGACGAGAACCACCUACCUAAACAUUGUUGCAGACCAAGUCUACCCCUAUAUGGUAGUGGCCUCUAUUCAGCAGGAUAAUGCACCCUGCCACACUGCAAAAAUUAUUAAUAAAUUGUUUGGUGUUGACAUGGCCUACAAAUUCCCCAAUUUCCCCAAGUGUCAAACUGAUCAAGCAUCUGUGGGAUGUACUGGACAAGUAAGUCAGGUCCAUGGAGGCCCAUUUUCUGUAACUGCUUAUACUAUUGAGGGUCAUGGGGCAUGCAGAUUGUGUUUCAGAGUACCUGGAGGAAACCCCAUGAUGGGAAGAACAUGCAAACUCCACACACAGGACCCUGCUGGACAGUCAAACCCCAGUCCGACAGGUGUGAGGCAGGAGUACUAACCACUGCACCACCAUGCCACCCAGCUCACAACUUACAGGAUUUGAAGGAUCUGCUGCUAAUGUCUUGGUGCCUGAUACCACAGGAAGAUUUCAGAGGUCUUGUGGAGUCCAUGCCUCGACACAUCAGAGCUGUUUUGACGAUGUGAGGGAGACCUACACAAUAUUAGGCCGGUGGUUUUAAUGUUAUGGCAGAUCAAUGUGUAUAUGUGUAUAUGUACACAAAGACUAAAAAUUAACAUCAAGAAAACAUUCUUCACUGUGGUUUAAAAACCUCAGGAAAACACAUAAUAAAUUUUAGCUCCAGUAUGAUUUUUUAACAUCUUGGCUGUUAUUCAGAUAUGUUUUUAGCCACAAUGAAAAUCAAGAUAAAGCUAAUUUGGCAAAGUGACAUUCCUAGCAGUCAAACAUAUUUUAAUUAUUUCCUUAUUGAACUGGGCAGCGUAAAAUCACAAUAAUAAAGCUAAAAUAGAAAAAACUUCAUCUAAAUGGAAAAAGGGAACCAUAAUUUGCAUUUUCAUGAAAACUGCCAUGCACUAUUCAUAGCAGUAGCUGUAGACAUUAUUUGUUCUUUAAGAGGGAAAAAUGUUCCUUGGCAACUUUAAUGCAGCAUAAAUAAACCUAUAUUAACAGAAA